AUGGAUGCCGAUAUUGUCAUCGUCGGCGGAGGCACAGCUGGCCUGGUCCUCGCCAAUCGCCUCACUGAAAACGAAAAGAUUCGUGUACUGGUCCUUGAAGCUGGCACUGAUCGCCUCAAUGAUCCUCGUAUUAUGGUCCCGGGUCUUGCGCCUGCGACAUAUGAAGACAACGACUUUGAUUGGAACUUUAUAUCUACUCCACAGGAACAAUUGAAUGGCCGCCAACUACUAGUCACCAAAGGCCGCACUCUAGGCGGUUCUUCCGCCAUCAAUAUGGGCAUGAUCGUCUGGCCAUCCAAAAUCGGCCUGAAUGCAUGGGCUAAAUUAGGUAACCCCGGUUGGGGGUGGGAUGAUCUCGUACCUUACGUCCGGAAAUUUCAUACAGGAUCAGCACCAUCAGAUAAAGUCCGUCAAUUUUUCAAUGGCAUGCAAUUCGACGAAAAGGAUCAGGGUAUCGAUGGCCCCGUAAAGGUAUCGUUUGGAGAGGAGUAUAUGCCUUUUCAUAGUGCAUGGUUUGAUACCCUCAAGAACCUGGGCUAUCCGCAAAACGGGGAUCCGAUCAAUGGGCAAGGAACGGGACCGUUUGUGACGCCGGGGGCUAUUGAUCCUGUCACUCACACGCGAAGUCAUGCCGGUGCGGCGUACUUGACCGAAGCUGUGAAGCAAAGACCGAAUCUGAGGAUUUUCACUGGUGCAUUAGUGGAAAAGAUUGUAUUUAAGAAGGAAAGUGAUGGUCCCGCAAUUGCUACCGCUGUUCAAGUCCAACAAGGCGAGGAAUCAUAUGAAGUCCGCAUCAAUAAAGAAGUCAUCCUCGCCGCUGGUGCAACCCAGACUCCUCAGAUCCUAGAGUUAUCAGGCAUUGGCGACGUAAGGCUUCUGAACAAGCACGGUAUUGAUGUGGUCGUGGAAAACCCAAAUGUUGGUGAGAAUCUGCAGGAUCACGGUAUUGUCUCCUUUGGUUACGAAGUUGCGGAUGGUACGCCUUCGGGUGAUAUGGCACGCGAUCCUCAAGUCGCUGCUGCCGCAAUGGCAGCAUACCAGAAGGAUGGCUCUGGUCCUCUGGGCAUGGUAGGUCUGGUAUCAGCCUUCCUCCCAUGUCCCGACUUUUCUGCCAAGGAGCGCCAGAAACUCGUUGACUCAAUCGAUCCUCAAAACGUCUCUCCAGCUCUGGCAAAGCAAUACGAGGCUCUGAAAGAGAUUAUCAAAGAUCCGGAAGAGCCGACCGCUCAAUACAUUCUCGCUCCGUUCCAAUUACUCCCCCGCGAAGGUCCCAGUGGAAAGGGAAUAUUUGGCAUGAGCCAUCCCGGUUUGUUUAUCAGUCUUGUCUCGCUACUGAGUUAUCCACUCGCCCGAGGAUCGGUGCAUAUUAAGUCUGCUAAUCCAAAGGAUUUUCCUGUCAUUGAUGAGGGUAUUCUCCGCCAUAAAGUGGACCUAGAACUUCAUGCCCGUCAUUCCAUCUUCAUGGAGAAAAUCGCAGAGACCGAACCACUAGCUUCUAUGCUUAAGAAGGGUGGUGAUCGUCUCCACACCCCCGAACGACUUACAGACCUCAAUAAAGCAGAAGAAGCGUGCAAGGAGUUGGUUCUGUCAAUGUAUCAUGUUAGUGGUUCAUGUGCCAUGCUUCCUCGUGAAGAUGGAGGUGUUGUAGAUACAAAGUUGAGGGUUUAUGGCACUUCCAAUGUGAGGGUGGUGGAUGCCAGUAUUUUUCCGUUAGAGCCGAGGGGAAACAUUCAAGCAACUGUUUUCGCGGUAGCAGAGAAGGCGGCUGAUAUUGUCAAGGAGGACCACUAG